AUGAAUGCUAAGGUGUUGCUGGUUCUGGGCGUGGUGUGCUGUGCUGUUGCAGACAGACGACCGACGUUUUCUUACAACGAACCCGACUCGUUUGAGUACUCAGCGGAAUCUAGCGAAGCCAAGUACGACUUCAGAUGGGCUGUGAAGGACGACUACUCCGGCAACGACUUCGGCCAUCAGGAGUCCCGCGACGGCGACCACACACAGGGGUCUUACUACGUGCAGCUCCCCGACGGCCGCCUGCAGAAGGUCACCUACUACGUGGACGGCGAUUCCGGCUACGUGGCUGAUGUCAGCUACGAGGGCGAGGCUCGUUACGACUCAGACGAGUCUCGAGAGUACGGGCGGCCAGUGUACUCUCCGCCAAGACCCGUGUACUCCCAGCCAAGACGUGUCUACUCUUCUCCCGAGUCGGAGGAAUCCUUGGAGAUUCCUGUGUAUGCUUCGCCCAGACCUAUUUACGGGCCUCCUAGGCCAACUUACGGCUGAAAGCAGGUUCUAAAAAUUUUGAAUCACAAUAAAUGUUAUAAUUACACCUUU